GGCUAGGGGCCCCUUACCUCGGCUACAUCUUGAGCGGAGACCCCAGCAGCAGCAUCAGCAGCAGCAUAGAGCUGAGCGCGAGAGAGAGAGAGAGAGCUGUCUCAUCCAGCAGUGGCCGCCGCCCUCGGUUGAAGAAGAGAAGAGCAGAGACCAACCAUGCAGCAGGAACCCUCGGUGGUGGUGAAGAAGAAGAAGAGACCCGUGGUGAAGGAGGAGGACCUCCAGGGGGCGAGGAGUCGCCUCGGAAAGAACGCGGAGCCUCGGCAGAUGACCUACCGAGUGAUGGCCGAGUGCGAGAAAGCUGGGAUGGCCGCGCCGUCCGUGUUCAGCGGCGCUCGCACAGGCAAGGAGACGGUGUUCACGCCGCCGCCAUCCAGCAGCGACAGCCAGUAGGCCCUCCACCUGGCAGCCAGUUGACCCUCCACCUGGCAGCCAGUAGGCCCUCUCCACCCCACAGCCAGUAGGCCCUCCACCCCACAGCCAGUAGGUCCUCCACGUGACAGCCAGUAAGCCCUCCACCUGGCAGCCAGUAGGCCCUCUCCACCCCACAGCCAGUAGGCCCUCCACCCCACAGCCAGUAGGCCCUCCACCCCACAUCCAGUAGGCCCUCCACCCCACACCCAGUAGGCCCUCCACCUGGCAGCCAGUAGGCCCUCUCCACCCCACAGCCAGUAGGCCCUCCACCUGGCAGCCAGUAGGCCCUCCACCUGGCAGCCAGUAGGCCCUCCACCUGGCAGCCAGUAGGCCCUCUACCCCACAGCCAGUAGGCCCUCCACCUGGCAGCCAGUAGGCCCUCCACCUGGCAGCCAGUAGGCCCUCCACCUGGCAGCCAGUAGGCCCUCCACGUGACAGUCAGUAAGCCCUCCACCUGGUAGCCAGUAGGUCCUCCACCCCACAACCAGUAGGCCCUCCACCUGGCAGCCAGUAGGCCCUCCACGUGACAGCCAGUAAGCCCUCCACCUGGUAGCCAGUAGGUCCUCCACCCCACAACCAGUAGGCCCUCCACCCCACAGCCAGUAGGUCCUCCACGUGACAGCCAGUAGGCCCUCCACCAUCAUCGUGCUGUCAAACCCCAAAUGGUUUGGUGACUGACCCACUGAUGAUGUCUGAACGGCGACAGUGUACCCCCCCCCUCCCCCCCUCUGAAGAUGAGUGAAGAAGACUGCACUCGUCUUCAGUGUGAUGCGAGUUUUAGAUUAUUGUACUGUACCGCGGUUUUAAUUUGUACAAUUAUAUACGGAUGGCUACGUCUUAAAAUGUUUAACUAGCAUUGUAGUUUAUGCCGUGUGCGUGUUUUUUUUAAACGAAACCGUAGCGUUUAGUUGCGCGAGACCGGUGAUGGAACGCCAGCCAAAGGAGGGAUCGCACCAUAGAGCGCGACCGCCAUGGAGACGGAAGGAUGGCAACGUUUUAUUGUGAACGCCUUCAUCCAGCAGUGGAUCGAGCACGGCUCAUGAUGUUGAUAAUAUAGAGGCCUUCACGCAGCGGGGGAUGAUAGAUCGUGCCUCAACGGUGUUGGGGAGACCACGCAACAGUGGAUAGAGCAAGGCUAGUGAUGUUGAUGAUGAUGGUGGUAGGUGAUGGUGAGUGUUGACAGAUUGUGAUUAUCGCUGGGUAGAUUGCACGCUUGUAUCGGCGGGGCCCUGCAUGUACUGUCGUUGAAACCGAUAGGAACUUUUAAGUAGAAACGUCUAAGUAGGAGGUAAAUGCAGAAUAUGUGUGUAGAGGGGAGAGCGGGGCUUGUGGUUCUUACGUUUGAGAAAUGUUAGCGGUAAAUCGGGAAUAAAAUGUCAACAACAAAAAAUAAGAAAACGAUGGAACCCAAA